AUUGAUGGGUGACACUGAAAGGCAGCUCAGAUGGGCACUGAUAUGUGGCAUUGAUGUGCACUGAUGGGCACUGGCACGUGGCACUGUUCAGCACUGACAGCUGGCACUGAUGGACACUGACAGGUGGCACUUCUGGGGCUACACUGAUCAUCAGGGCACACUGAUCAUCAGUGCCCUAAUGAUCAGUGUACAUGUCCCCUCCGCGCGGAAUGCUGAGGAAAGAAAUGCCGAUAACCGGCAUUUCUCUGUUUACAUGUGAUCAGCUGUGAUUGGACACAGCUGAUCACAUGACCGAGCCGACGUCUUUGGC